CCAUAGUAUAAAAGACGUCAUUUCUAGAUGUUACCGUCCACUUUGCCAAUCACUCAUCACAUCACUAGUUGUGCCUCAUUCACUUGCAAUGGCUUCCUAUGGUUUCAAUGAUCAGUACUCUUCAAUGGCUUCCGAUUCAUCAGAACGACGACGUGUUGGCCUGAUAUACGAUGAACGAAUGUGUUUACAUUCUGAUCCAAACGAUCUUCUCCCCCUGGUGAAGCCAGAUAAAGCUCGUGAGCCUCAUCCCGAGUGUCCCGAUCGUAUUCGGGCUAUUUGGAACAAGCUUCAUUCCUCCGGAAUUGCGCAAAGAUGUGUUGUUAUGGAGGGAAAGGAGGUGGAGGAUAAACAUAUAGAGUUGGUUCAUACAAAGAAGCAUAUUAAUUUGAUUAAAAAUGUUAGUUCAACGACGAAUUUGAGAAGAGAGGAGCUUGCUAAUAAGUAUAGUUCUAUAUAUUUCAAUGAAGGCUCUACAGAAGCAGCUUAUCUUGCUGCUGGUUCUGUCAUUGAGGUUGCUGAGAAAGUUGCCGAAGGAGAACUAGACUCUGCCUUUGCCAUCGUCAGGCCUCCCGGGCAUCACGCGGAAGAAAAUCAACCAAUGGGAUUUUGUUUGUACAACAAUGUUGCUAUAGCUACACGUUAUCUCUUGGAUAACAGACCUGAUUUGGGGAUCAAGAAAAUUUUGAUUGUUGAUUGGGAUGUACAUCAUGGAAAUGGCACUCAAAAGAUGUUUUGGAAGGACCCUCGAGUACUCUUCUUUUCUGUGCAUAGGUAUGAUUCUGGAACUUUUUAUCCUGGUGGUGAUGAUGGGUCACAUGUAAUGACUGGUGAUGGGCUGGGAAAAGGUUACAAUAUCAAUGUUCCUUGGGAGCAUGACCGCUGUGGUGAUGCAGACUAUCUUGCUGUGUGGGAUCAUCUCUUGAUUCCUGUUGCCAAAGAAUUUGGUCCUGACAUUAUUCUGAUCUCAGCAGGAUUUGAUGCAGCUAUUGGUGAUCCUCUUGGUGGAUGUCGUGUUAGUCCAUACGGGUAUGCUGUAAUGUUGAAUAAGUUGUUGGUGUUUGCCAGAGGCAAGAUUGUGAUGGCACUUGAAGGUGGAUAUAAUCUGGAUUCUAUAGCAAAUUCUGUCCAAGCUUGUAUUGAAGUGUUAUUACAACAAAAACCGGUUAUUGGAACUUUAGAGGCUUAUCCAUUUGAAUCCACAUGGCGAGUGAUACAGGCUGUACGUAAAGAGUUGAGUUCAUUUUGGAAAACACUUGCUGAGAGAUUACCAGAGAAAGUAACUAGCAUGAGAACUCCUUUCAUUCAGGUCGUUAGCUCUGAUUCUGAAGAUGAGUACGAUAACUUUCCUAACAGGGUGUCACAAGAUUUGGAAAAGGACAUUGACAAUGUAAUACAACCAUUUUCAGACCUGAAAGUUAAUGAUGGCCCAGGCAUAACAAGUCAAGCUAGCAUUAUUUCUCACACUUGGAGGGCAGAGCUUUCAAAGAUUGAUAUAUGGUAUGCUGCAUUUGGGUCAAAUAUGAAGCUAUCAAGGUUCCUUUGCUAUAUUGCAGGAGGACAGGUGGAAAGCAUGCGAAAGCCAUGUAUUGGUUCAUUGGAUAAAAGCAAGCCAAAGGAGAUCAAAUGGGAAACUUUUCCCCAUCGCCUAUUCUUUGCUCGUGAGCAUACAGCUACAUGGGGUCCGGGUGGAGUUGCUUUUCUUCACCCUGAAAGCAAUAGUGACGAAAAAGCUUACUUGUGCCUAUAUAGGAUAACGCUUGAGCAAUUUAAUGAUGUUUUAUGUCAAGAGAAUAGUUCAAGCUUUGACAUGAAAUACCCUUUGUUUGACAUGACUGAUUUACAAUCUAUUGAAAACAGAAAAUCUUUUUCAGCAGAGGCUGUCAAGAAUGGCUGGUACCACAAUGUGCUUUACCUGGGGAAGGAGAAUGGUAUUCCCAUUUUGACAAUGACAUGCCAACUCUCAGAUGUUGAUUACUUCAAAUCAGGUAAAGCAAGCAUGUGCAAACCAUCUAAAGAAUAUGCCAAUACUCUGAUUAGAGGUUUGGUAGAAGGAAAGCAGCUAACAGAAGAGGAAGCCACCUCUUACAUACAACAAGCAACCAACAGACCAUUGUGACUGGUUUCCUGCUUGGUUCUUUAUUUAGUUGAAAAUUGAGAGUGCAGUAUGGAAAUAAUUAUUUGAUUACUCCAGAAAUUGUUUUUGUACCAUCUUUUUUGAGGAAGCAACUUCUUCCCAUUUGGUCAGGGUGUAUAUAACUUAUUUGAUGUGGCAUAGAUUUUUGCCGGUGUGAAUUGUUAGGGCCCUGCUAUCAUUGCAGUAUUUUAGCUUAGCAGUGAAAUGUUUGUUGUCUACAAACGAUAACUCUAGUGAUGUCCAUUGAAUUUGCCGCUUAGAAGCUGAUGCUGAUUUUUAUGAAUGAAGGUUUGUUA